GAAACGCUGAACUGGGAGGAGAGCAGAUGACACGAGCCGAGCAGUGCUGAUGACGAAGCCAAUUCGAAUCUGAAGCCGUUGGCCGAACCUGGAAUCGUCCCAAGGGAACGAAACGACGGCUCCAGGCGCAGCACAGCGGCUCCGGCACCUGCCUGCCAAGUGGGCGAGCGGGCGAGCGGGCAAGUGGCUUCAAAGUUGAGAACCGCGGAUGCAGGAAGCGCUGUCGUACAUGCAGACAUCGCGGCCUAAACUGCGGCUGCUACCAAAAAGAGGAAGGGGCAACGGUCAUGGAGACCUUUUUGGGUAUGGUCAACAGUUGACAGCCGGAACUGUCAGUAGCUAUGACUGGCAGGGCAGUCGCUCGCUCUGGCCCGGAGGUAGACUCGCCCAAAACAAGAUUUCCACAGGUUGAUAUCAUCCCCAGUUUCACUGCCUCACUGCUUGCUGUUUCGUCUUCGACAUCAUGGACUCUCUCUGCUAGCCCAAAAUCACCGCUUUGUUCCUGGACGGCGCAAAAGCCGCCGACCGUUAGGUCUUUAGGCUAGUGCUGCCUCCGAGGCAGCCCUGAUACGAGAAGAUGAAUGGCCUAGACAGACAGGAGCGAUCGCUUUCCCCAUGCCACGCACAUCACUCAGUCACUGGGAGCUUUUCCUGUCGGACAUUGAGGACUUGCCGCCACCAGUCGCCGGCAAGAUUGUGGCUUGCCAGAGCUCGGAGAGAUUUUUGACAGCAAGGCCCGUGGUGAGAUCGUCCGGGGCCCAUCUGGGGGAACAUGGUGUUUUCAACUUGCGAGAAAACAGCACCCGCUGCAAGGCUGGUGGUGGCAGUGUGAUAGCGCACCAAAAAGACUAGACUCCAGAUACCAUGGCUUGGCAGACUCGAAAGAGGUCUCGCCCUCCAUUCAGUCGGCACACAUCUACCGUACCCCUAGAUGCUACACCCCCUUCGCGCUUGGUUGGCGCACCCCCCUUCCCUGCUGCGCUCUCCCACCCAGGGUCCUAUCGGUCCCGUCCCCAUAGCUGCCAGUUUGUCUGCAGUAUGAAUACCCUCGACGAUUCCCAUCAUUGACUUUUGGUCUCAGAUCACCCUCGUGGUUCGUCUUCAAUACUACCCUCCACUGCUUCCUCACAGAGUGGCAUAUCCCACGAUCCUCUAUUUAGUUCUACAAGCAUCCUCUCAUCACUCCACCCAUUCACCACCACCCAUAUCCAUCACAACACAAGAAGGCUCUCACCAUGGCUAUCAUCAGAAUCCCCAGCAUCUCUGAGCUGGAUUUCACACCACCGGCCACACCUUCCAGCACCCUAGGCAACGGUAAAUUACCUAGUCCUCCGAAUUUGAUAUUGAGCCUCACACCUCCUUCAACUCCCCAAACGACAAUGUCCAGGAUGGAUAUAGUCCUCAGAGUUCGUCCAUCACUGCCCCUGGACCAUAUCACGGCCCAGACGCGUGCACCGUCAGAUCAACAAAUUCCGUCAAUCCGGUCUCUCAUGGCCAGCGUGCCAGCUCCCAGCUCUCGAUACCCCGGGGGCCCUUUCACAGCUCCACCCUCUCCAUCGGGCUCAUUUUUCUCGGCGGUUUCCUGGAAUGGGUCUACCUCUCGCUCAAGCUCAGUAGAGAGAUCCUGGAUGUCUGGCCAGUACUCUCCACCGCUCUCACGCCGCGGAUCAUCAGAUGGCGGGUCGACAACCAUGACUCCCAGUUCCGAGCGGUCAACCCCCGAGUUUCCCAUCAGGUCGGGGCGCAGAAACAGCUCCAGAACCGAGCCAUACUCUACAAAACGUGUAAGAGACACUGACGCAGUCGAGUCUUCGCCUGUAGUAGCAGGCGAGGCUAAAAAGGGGAAGCGCAGCAACCAGAAGUACACGACUGAACAACAAGACUUUAUUAUCUAUCACAGAGAAGAUCUCACGAAGGCGUGGAAGGACAUCGAACGUGCCUACAUCCACCAAUGGCCAGCUGCGGACCCGCAGGAUAAUCGCAAAAUCACUGGGGUCCAAUGCAUUUUUUAUCGUCAGAAUCUCCUGGUCCCGCUCAUGAACAACACCGAUGAGAAGCUACUCGUCUUGGACUCGCCACCAUUCUUGACAACCAACCCCGCAGGGGCGGACCCCAAGAACAGUGACUUGGUCCUCAAUGAGGAUUACGCCGAGUACGUAGUGUACAAGGGCGUUCCUCACCGACUCGAAGAAAGCAAAGUGCGGACGUAUGGCCGUCCGAGACUCCUCCUUGAGAGAUCGCCGGAGGAGUUGGUUGAACACCAGUAUGACUGGCUUCCGAAAAAUUACCUUGACGCCGCUCAGGAACUUGCCUCGAAAAGAGACGAACAAAGAUGGCGGUGGCUCCAACAAUAUGGCCCUCGCCCAGACGGGUGGAUCGACAGCUGUGAACCCAUCGAGAAUCGAUUCAAGGUUGCCGAAGGCAGUCAUCUGUACAAGAUGCUGCCAAAAUUCCCAGCUGUUCAGCCAACAUUAGAGUACGCAUGUCGCCCCGUCAGAGUUGCUGAAGGGGUCAACCUUUACAAGAUGGCGCGUGAAGUGGUCCAGCCAGCGCUGGGCCGCCAAUAUCAUCCCGGGGGCCAUUGCCAACUCAUCUAUCAGUCACAUAUUUGAACUGAUGUUGCUUCAUUUCAGCACAACAUGCGAUAUCCGGUAUGAACCUCUUAACUCUUGUAAUAGUUUCUCUGUUUUCCUGUAUCAAGUCGAGUGCGGGAGGCGUAUGUAUUCAAUUUUUUUCCCCUUGUCAUCAACAUUGGGACGGUUUUUUCUGCUCCGAAAAAAAGGAAGGUUGUCGUCUGAAAAUAGGAGGGAGACUCCCAGGGCGUCAAGCGAAGCAUGUUUACGAGUAUGGUGUUUACGCUUUUUUUUUUGUUUCUGGGACGCAGCAUCUUCUGGUCUGGUUUAGAAAAACAACGAAUGGGCAACGGGGCGGCACAAAAUAGCAUUGAGUUUUUUUGGGGGGUUUGACGGGCGGUUUUUACCAGUCAGUUUUGCAUUUUGCUUAUUUUUGUUGGGAUGUAUUUAUGAACUGGGUGGGAAACAACAACAAGAAGAACAACAGCAACAAGUGGGCAAAUAAUGUUUUGGAUGGCGAGUUGGUUGUUUUUGUUUUUUGGGGACUAACUUGGGAUGUUUUUGUUGUUUGGGAUUGAACAUACCUACCUACGACCAGAAGCUGGAUGCAGUCAAAGGGUUCUAGCUGGCCAUGGAUGAUGGACUGUUUUUGCACACAGAUACACACACACACACACACACACACACACACACACACAAGAAAUGAGUACAUGUGAGGUAGAUAGUAAUGAAAGAGGUAGAACCCCAGUUUUCUGAUAAUUCUGGACUUUGUUUGACCCUGGGUUUUGGUGAUGAUGGAAGAUGUACUCCACUCCAACUCAGGGGCUUCAG